UGUGUUGGAUGCCACCCGCCGUUAAACCACAUCGAAGAAGAAGACGAUCCCGUCAUACAGAUGUGUUUAUACCAUAUAGAAUAAUACAUUGAACGAUUCUGAUUGCUCCCACAGGAUCUCAUAAUUUGCAUUUACAGCCAAACAAUUACAGAAAAGUAACUGUUCAGAUCCACCUCUAGCCGACCAUGUCUGAGCCGGGUUCUGGCUGUGGUGAUCCGGCCCAGAGAAGCUCACAACAGGGUCCAGAGGUGGUGUCAGUGAAGCUGGAGGACUGCAGUCAAACACUGGAACUCAAUGUGAUUGUGAAAGAGGAGGAGGAGAGAGAAAUCAAGGAGGAAGAAAACAGUGACUCCGGAAAGAGCUCCAACCCAGACUCAGACAGCAAGCCCAGUCCCACAGCAUCAGGAAAUCAUAAACAAUGCAGACAGAAGCCCCAACCCUGCUGUACCGACAGUUUUAUUUGUCCAACUCACCUCAAAUCCCUCAAACAGACUCCCAAAAUAAAGAAGACAUACCUCUGCUCCCAAUGUGGGAAGAGUUUCAGUCGGACAGGAGACCUAAAGAGUCACGAGAGAUCACACAGUAAAAAAAAGCCUUACCACUGCGCUCGAUGUGGGGAGGGAUUCACUCAGCUUGGAAGUCUAAAAAGUCACCAGAGAAUACAUACAGGGGAAAAGCCUUACCACUGCUCCCAGUGUGGGAAGAGCUUUAAUCGUUCAGGAAACCUUACAGAACAUCAAAGAAUACAUACAGGGGAGAAGCCUCACCACUGCACCCAAUGUGGGAAGAGUUUCAGUCGGGCAGGAAUUCUAAAGAAUCAUAAGAGAACUCACACAGGAGAGAAACCUUUCCACUGCUCUGCUUGUGGGAAGAGUUUUACAAGAGAAGUAAGCCUAAAAAAUCAUCAAAGGGUACACACUGGAGAGAAACCUUUCCAUUGCGCCACAUGUGGGAGGGGUUUCAGUGAGAAAGUAAAUCUUAAUAGACAUGAGCGAGUACAUAGUGAAGAGAAGCCUUACCACUGCACCACAUGUGGGAAGAGCUUUAAUCAUUCAGGAAGCCUUAAGGAACACCAGAGAAUACAUACAGGGGAGAAACCUUACCACUGCACUGAGUGUGGAAAGAAAUUCCGUUUUGCGGGAGAUCUAAAGAAUCACCAGAGAUCACACAGUAGGGAGAAGCCUUACCACUGCUCUCUUUGUGGGAAGAGUUUCAAUCAACCCGGAAACCUAAAGAGUCAUCAGCGAAUACACAUUGAAGAGAAGCCUAUCAGUACUGUCAAUGUGAUUGUCAAAGAGGAGGUGGGUGAGAGGAAAAUCAAUGAUAAGGUAAAGAGAGAAGUUGAGGAAAGUAAUGGUGUAGUUGACUCAGGUACAUCAAGACUACCUGGUCGUGGGAGUUAUCCCUGUCCUCAAUGUGGGAAGAAUUUUAGUUCCUCAAGUAAUCUAAAGAAUCAUCAAAGAGUUCACACUGGAGAGAAACCUUUCCACUGCUCAGCAUGUGGGAAGCGUUUCCGUGAGAAAGCACACCUUAAGAGACAUGAGAGGGUACAUGAUGGAGAGAAGCCUUACAACUGCUUCGAAUGUGGGAAGAAUUUCCGUGUGGAAGAUACCCUACAGAAACACCAGAGAAUCCACACAGGAGAGAAGCCUCACCACUGCUCUCUUUGUGAGAAGAGCUUUAAUCAUUCAGGAAGCCUUAAAGAACAUCAAAGAAUACAUAGUGGAGAAAAGCCUUACCACUGCUCUCUUUGCGGGAAGAGCUUCCAUCAUUCAGGAACCUUUAAGAAACAUCAGCAAAAACACAUUGGAGUGAAACCUACCUGUAAUCUCAAUGUGAUUGUCAAAGAGGAGGAUGGUGACUGUACUCCCAAUGUGAUUGUCAAAGAGGAGGAUGAUGACUGUACUCCCAAUGUUAUUGUCAAAGAGGAGGAUGAUGACUGUACUCCCAAUGUGAUUGUCAAAGAGGAGGAUGAUGACUGUACUCUCAAUGUGAUUGUCAAAGAGGAGGAGGAUGACCCAGAUACAUCAAGACUACCUGAUUGUGGUCGUUACCCCUGUCCUCAAUGUGGAAAGAAUUUUAGUUCCUCGAGUAAUCUAAAGAAUCAUCAAAGAGUACACACUGGAGAGAAACCUUUCCACUGCUCUGCAUGUGGGAAGAGUUUCAGUGAGAAAGCAAACCUUAAGAGACAUGAGAGAGUACAUGAGAAGGAAAAGAUAGAAGUUGAGGAAGAGGAGAAAACUGGUAGUGUAGUUGACCCAGGGACAUCAAGACUACCUGGCCGUGGGAGUUACCCCUGUCCUCAAUGUGGGAAGAGUUUCAGUUCCUUAGGUAAUCUAAAUAAUCACCAAAAAGUACACACGGGAGAGAAGCCUUACCACUGCACCCAAUGUGGGAAGAGCUUCAGUGAGAAAGCAAACCUAAAGAGACAUGAGAUAGUACAUAGUGGAGAGAAGCCUUACCACUGCACCCAAUGUGGGAAGAAUUUCCGUGCGGCAGAUACCCUACAGAAACACCAGAGAAUCCACACAGGAGAGAAGCCUAACCACUGCUAUUUUUGUGGGAAGAGCUUUGAUAAUUUAGGCAGCCUUAAGGAACAUAAAAAAAUACAUAAUGGAGAGAAGCCUUACCACUGCACUCAAUGUGGGAAGAGCUUCAAUUACUCAGGAAAUUUUAAGAAACAUCAAAGAAUACAUAUUGGAGAGAAUCCUACCUUUAUUCUCAAUGUGAUUGUCAAAGAGGAGGAGGAAGAUGGAAAAGAGAGAGAAGUUGAGGAGAGAGAAGUGAAGGAAGAGGCUACAUAAGCUAACUAGGAAGGGAGAGUUAUACCUCAUAUCUUUGCAAUGCUGUCUUCUGUGUCAGUAUGGGAUUGGGCAGCACCAUUGAGAGCGAUCUCCUUUUUAAAAUAGUCCAUAUCUUCUACUUCUAUGAGUGUAUUGGAAGGUAGCAAAUCAACUGAAAAAGAACACACCACCACCUAAUGUGCUGCAGUGUGUACAGUCUGAACAGGAUACCACCUCCUAAUGUGCUGCAGUGUGUACAGUCUGAACAGGAUACCACCUCCUAAUGUACUGCAGUGUGUACAGUCUGAACAGGAUACCACCUCCUAAUGUACUGCAGUGUGUACAGUCUGAACAGGAUACCACCUAAUGUAUUGCAGUGUGUACAGUCUGAACAGGAUACCACCUAAUGUACUGCAGUGUGUACAGUCUGAACAGGAUACCACCUCCUAAUGUACUGCAGUGUGUACAGUCUGAACAGGAUACCACCUCCUAAUGUGCUGCAGUGUGUACAGUCUGAACAGGAUACCACCUCCUCAUGUACUGCAGUGUGUACAGUCUGAACAGGUCCAAAGCCAAUGGUGAUUUACUGCUACCUGCAGUUAUGGAAUGUUAUCUCAGGACUAUAAUUCUUUGGUUAACUCCUUCUGCUGACCUGGAUGGAAUUAUAGCAUCCUUCCUUAACCCACAGGAAGUUUUGACUACUUCAAAAUGGUGAAAGUCCUCAAUGGUGCUGCUCGUUAGACAAUACAGUGGAAAAGCCUCACCAUUGCUCUCAUUAUAUAAAAUCUCUUAUUCACUAAAGCAUGUGAUAAAUAUAUCUGUAUAGAAUCUGCGUUCUAGGACACAGAUUCAUGCUCGGAGUUCAUUUGACUGUGGGUUGUCGACAAUGCAGCUUUUAAAAAGGCAAUUUCCGACUGUGCGAAAACAUAUGCUGCAUUUACCACGAAUAAGAAAUACGCGAUAGUGGGAACAUUGCCUUUAAAAGUCCGAUUGAAUCCCAGCUUCUGUUUAGUCAUGGUAAAAACAUUACAUCUUUCUUCCAUUUAUUUUCUUCCAUUUAGCAGAAGUCUUUAUCCAAAGUGAUUUGUUCUGGAUGUAAAGCACAGACAACACAAACAACAAUAUCUAAACGCAUUAAAGGACCAAUCCAAAGUUGAACCAAUAACAAAGCGAGGCACCCUUGUUUUGGUAUAAAGCUUAGGGAUGGACCUGGAGAAGUGUAACCACUUCCAAAUUCAUAGACAGAGCUAUGGACUGACCAUUCAUGAUCUCAAAAUGAUCUGCUAUGGAUUGACCAUUCAUGAUCUCAAAAUGAUCUGCUAUGGAUUGACCAUUCAUGAUCUCAAAAUGAUCUGCUAUGGAUUGACCAUUCAUGAUCUCAAAAUUAUAAUUUUAGCUAUGGACUGACCAUUCAUGAUCUCAAAAUGAUCUGCUAUGGACUGACCAUUCAUGAUCUCAAAAUGAUCUGCUAUGGAUUGACCAUUCAUGAUCUCAAAAUAAUCUGCUAUGGACUGACCAUUCAUGAUUUCAAAAUGAUCUUCUAUGGACUGACCAUUCAUGAUCUCAAAAUGAUCUGCUAUGGAUUGACCAUUCAUGAUCUCAAAAUUAUAAUUUUAGCUAUGGACUGACCAUGAUUUCAAAAUGAUCUGCUAUGGAUUGACCAUUCAUGAUCUCAAAAUGAUCCGCUAUGGAUUGACCAUUCAUGAUCUCAAAAUGAUCUGCUAUGGACUGACCAUUCAUGAUAUCAAAAUGAUCUGCUAUGGACUGACCAUUCAUGAUCUCAAAAUGAUCUGCUAUGGUCUGGAUUGACCAUUCAUGAUCUCAAAACGAUCUGCUAUGGAUUGACCAUUCAUGAUCUCAAAAUGAUCUGCUAUGGACUGACCAUUCAUGAUCUCAAAAUGAUCUGCUAUGGACUGACCAUUCAUGAUCUCAAAAUGAUCUGCUAUGGACUGACCAUUCAUGAUCUCAAAAUGAUCUGCUAUGGAUUGACCAUUCAUGAUCUCAAAAUUAUAAUUUUAGCUAUGGACUGACCAUUCAUGAUUUCAAAAUGAUCUGCUAUGGAUUGACCAUUCAUGAUCUCAAAAUUAUUUGCUAAGGAUUGACCAUUCAUGAUCUCAAAAUUAUCUGCUAUGGAUUGACCAUUCAUGAUCUCAAAAUGAUCUGCUAUGGAUUGACCAUUCAUGAUUUCAAAAUGAUCUGCUAUGGAUUGACCAUUCAUGAUCUCAAAACGAUCUGCUAUGGAUUGACCAUCCAUGAUCUCAAAAUGAUCUGCUAUGGACUGACCAUUCAUGAUCUCAAAAUGAUCAGCUAUGUACUGGCCAUUCAUGAUCUCAAAAUGAUAAUUUUAACCAUGUUUUAGGCUAUACGGGGUUUGUUUACAUUUACAAUGUUUCCAAACAUUGGAGGAAAACAAACGUAUAUUUUGUGGUUCUGAUGGAGUGUGACAGUUGAAAUAAUCUUAUGAGUGAUUAUAAAUGAAUAGUUUUCAAGAAUCAAUAGGGAUAUACAGUAUCAUUCAUUUAUAUAAGUCUAAAAAUGUAUGUUACAACUGCAGAGCCCCCCUUUAAACACUACAGUAUCAUUACAUAUUUACAUAUACCAUUACAACUGCAGAUCCCCCCUUUAAUCACUACAGUAUCAUAACAACAGUAGAUCCCCCCUUUAAUCACUACAGUACCAUUACAACUGCAGAUCCCCCCCCCCCUUUAAUCACUACAGUAUCAUUACAUAUUUACCAAUACCAUUACAACAGUUCACAGUAACAGAGGUCAGAUAGGCCUACAGUUUACGUUGUUGAACAGUGUCUGUGUCCAUCAAUGUGAAAUCAACAAAACAUUUCACCAUGUCUUUGGAUUUAGGUCAAAAUAUAUAUUUUUUAAUUAAAUUCCCAAAACAUUUAAAUACUUUUUUUCAAAUCCAAUCAGUUUUCCACGUUGAUUCAACGUCAUCGCAUUGACGUUUUUUGGUUGAAAUGACGUGGAAACGACGUUGAUUCAACCAGUUUUUUUUUGCCCAGUAGGAUUAUGACAGAAUUCAGCCAUUCUUUUUUAACCUCAGGAGAAGGGCUGGUCUGGAUUGACAUCAGAAGUAAACAAUAUGAGUGUAUUGUUAUGUCCUCAUCUGGAUGUAACCGGUGUGUGUAAAAAAUAUAUUGCCAAUUAUCCUUGAAUUGAAUUAUAAAUACAAAAGAACAAACUGUC